UGCUUCCCGAAAGCUGGAAAAAGAGAAAUGAAGGAUGACUGCCUCACUGGAACCACAAAAGAGGGACUUGGAGGGGUGUGUGGUCCCCCCUCAGCCACCCCAAAGUGAUGUGCAGAAAUGAGGCGAUCCCAGCAACAGGUGGAGCGAGGCUCAAGGUCAGAAAAUGAGAUACAAGACUUCUUUGGUGAUGAGGAAACGAUUAAGACUUUACCGAAACGCUCUGAAAGAGUCAAGUAGUAGCUUCGGACACCAUGGCCCCCAGCUUGCUGCCGCCUCCAGCCCCUCGGUGUUCCCUGGCCUUCAAGAACAACCUCCCCAGGCCUCCGCCAGCAGCACUUUGAACGGACUCCUGCGUCUGGGGCUCCCCGGAGAAAUGUACGCGCGGCCCGAACCCUUCGCGCCGGGACCCGUGGCCCGCAGCGAAGCCCUGGCCGCUGCCGCUGCCCUGCACGGCUACGGGAGCAUGAACCUGACCAUGAACCUAGCGGCGCCCCACGGCCCCGGCGCCUUCUUCCGCUACAUGCGCCAGCCCAUCAAACAGGAGCUCAUCUGCAAGUGGCUGGCUGCGGAGGGCCCCGCGCCCAGGCUCCUCUGCUCCAAAACUUUCAGCACCAUGCACGAGCUGGUCACGCACGUCACAGUGGAGCACGUCGGCGGCCCGGAGCAGGCCAACCACAUCUGCUUCUGGGAGGAGUGUCCGCGCCAGGGCAAGCCCUUUAAAGCCAAAUACAAACUUGUAAAUCACAUCCGCGUGCAUACGGGCGAGAAGCCCUUCCCCUGUCCUUUCCCGGGGUGUGGGAAGGUCUUUGCUAGAUCAGAAAAUCUCAAAAUACACAAACGAACUCACACAGGGGAGAAGCCCUUCAGGUGCGAGUUCGAGGGCUGCGAGCGGCGCUUCGCCAACAGCAGCGACCGCAAGAAGCACUCGCACGUGCACACGAGCGACAAGCCAUACACGUGCAAAGUGCGCGGCUGCGACAAGUGCUACACGCACCCCAGCUCGCUUCGUAAACACAUGAAAGUGCACGGGCGCUCACCGCCGCCUCCUAGCUCUGGCUUCGACUCGGCCACGCCGUCCACCUUGGUGUCUCCUUCCUCGGACUUCGGCCGUGAGCCCCCGGUGGCCUCCUCGGCGGCGGCGGCGGCGGCCCGUGGCGCGGAACUGAGCGAAUGGUACGUGUGUCAAGGCGCUGGCCGGGUCUGGACUGCCGGCGCCGCGUCCCCAUGCGCCAGCACCUGGCCUUGCCGCUGCCGCCGCCGCCUCCAGUGUUAG